AUGAAGGCUGCCUCAUCAUCUUCAGUCACGCUGCUCGCCUGCUUUCUGAUCUUCACAGGACCGGCAGGGGCCCACCCCUUGGAGAGGAGCUACUUUCAGGGCCCCAGGCUCAGUCUCGAUGGAUUGUUGAGUGAUGAGAGCGCCCAGGCUCUGUUAUAUUUUAUAAGGGAAAGAGCGCCGCAGCUGGAGCUAGGUGACCCCCAUCUGCAGCUGAGGCUGAACCAGGGGUCGCUCUCCACUGGGCACCAGAUGUCAUCCCAGGAUCUGGCCCCAGUACUCAGCAUCCUUCAGACAGUCUUCCAAGAGUCUCGGCCAGAGGAGUCAGCCAGGACCUUCCUGGAGGUGUUUUCUGACCGCCUGAAGAGAGAAGAUCCCCCAAUCUCCAUAGACUUGACUUAUCAUAUCCUCCGGCAUAUGAUUGACAUGGCAAAGACUCAGAACCAGAAGCAUCAGGCGGAACAGAACCGCAUCAUAUUUGACUCAGUAGGGAAGUAA